AUGGCACCAAUCACCCGAAGUCAGUCGGUCCCUGCAAAGGCCCCCACGACCGCGAAAACCAACGCUUUCGAAGAGGAGUAUGAGAGGGUUUGCGUACUCGGCAGUGGCGGCGAAGGCACGACGGUCUUGUGCAGGCACAAGACGUCGAGCCGUAAGGUCGUCGCUAAGAUGGUACGCCAUAGCGCACCCGGUAAGUUGCCCCGCGAAGCCGAAAUUCUGAAGGACAUACGGCCUAACGAUCACAUCGUCAGCUACUUCGGGGUGUUCAACGAGGCACCUUCCCCUUCAGAAGCGACGAUCCUACUUGAGGAUUGCAGAGGCGGUGACCUCCAAGCCUUGCAGUGGGAGUUCGAACUAAAUGACGAGUGCAUACCAGAGCCGUUCAUCAGGCAUGUAUUCCUGCAGCUGAGCCAGGCCUUGGCCUUCUUGCACUCUGGAGACGGCACUUCCGACCCAGACAGGCGUCCUCUGGUCCACAGAGAUAUCAAGCCUGCCAACGUGCUGCUGCUGGAGAAGUACGUCCCUGGCGGGCCGUUCCCGUCCAUCAAGCUGGCGGACUUCGGACACGCCGCCUAUUUUACGCCUGACCAAGACGAGAAGGCGUAUGCCUUCACCGGUGGCAGCAGGGAUUGGCAGCCGCCGGAGCGGCCUGUGGCAACCCCCGCGGGAGACGUGUGGAGUGUCGGUGCCAUCGUGCACUCGCUGGCUUUGGGUCGCCCGCCCAUCGCCGAUGUCAACAAAUUCCGGGACGCGCACUCGAAUGCCAAGGAGAUCGACCGGGACAACCCAAGGUACUUCCGUGAUGUCCUGCCCCGAGAAGUGACGCCGAUCUGCGCGGUUGAGGGGAAGGAGUACGCGGGUACUUUCGGCGACCAUGCAUGCUCCAAUACCCUCAACUCCUGGAUGAUGCAGGCGCUGGCGAGGCAUCCGAAGGACAGGAUGAGCAGCCUGAAGCUGAGUAUCCUUCUCGGAGUUGAGGUCAGCUCAGGCAGGGUUGUGGACAACUCCUAG